UUCAACACCACCAUUAGGACCACAACCAAAAGACACAACAAAAUGAGUUGUUGUGGAGCCAGGAAACCAAAAACACUCUCCCCAACCCGAUCACCACCACGACCAAUGCCUCUACCAACGACAACCAAUAACUACCCACAACCAAAAACCGCCAAACAUGAAACUGUGCUAUCAAUCCCUCAUUGCAAAGUCCAUCUAGUGGAUGAAGGAGAAGCCAUAGACCUCGCCACGGGGGACUUCAAAAUCAUUCAGUUAUCCGAUGAUGAUGUUUUACUAGCAACCAUAAUCAAAAUUAACGACGAUCUUCAAUGGCCUUUAACCAAAGAUGAACCAGUAGUGAAGCUUGAUCGUCUUCACUACCUGUUCUCUUUGAAAGUGGUUAAAGAUGAACACCCGUUAAAUUAUGGUGUCACGUUUUCUGAUACGGGUCAUGGGGAUUUCAAGUUGUUGGAUAAGUUCUUGAAAGAACAUUCGUGUUUUUCGACUUCAUCAUCGUCAUCAAGAAAAACGGAUCUUGAUUGGAAGGAAUUUGCUCCAAAGAUUGAUGCUUAUAAUAAUGUUAUUGCAAAGGCUAUUGCUGAAGGAACUGGCCAGAUUGUUAAAGGGAUAUUUAUAUGUAGUAAUGCUUAUACCAACAAGGUGCAAAAGGGAGGUAAUAUGAUCUUAAACCAAGCAAUGGAGGAAAAGAAUGGCAUCUCAAGAACUACUUCUAAUGAAAGCAACAAAAUCAAUGGUUCAAGAAAGGAAAAUGGGAUAAAUAAAAGUUUAAAAAGUGUAAGAAAGCUCUCGAAGAUGACCGAAAGCAUGAGUAAAGCGAUGCUGAAUGGUGUCGGGAUAGCAACCGGGUCGGUCAUGGGUCCAGUGGUUCGGUCACAAGCCGGAAAGACCUUUUUUAGCAUGGUUCCAGGGGAGGUCCUUCUAGCUUCUCUUGAUGCAGUUAAUACAGUGAUGGAUGCAGCUGAAGCUGCUCAAAAGCAAGCCUUAUCUGCCACAUCUGGUGCUGCAACUAGGAUGGUCAGCGAAAGGUUUGGUGAAAGUGCGGGAGAAGCAACCGGCGACGUGCUUGCAACUGCUGGGCACGUCGCGGGCACUGCUUGGAACGUCGUCAAGAUUAGAAAGGCAAUCACUCCGGCAUCCACCGUCUCCAAUGGCCUUAAAAGGAAUGCUGCUAAAAUUCGCUGAAUAUUAUUGUUGUUAUUAUUUACGCAACUUCAACAAAUUAUUGUAAUGUCAUUACUCAUCAUCUUUGUGUACAUAUAUUAUUAUGGUUGUUAAUAGCUUGGGUAAUUUUGUUA